AUGGGGACAGACAACUUUGUUGCUGUGGAUAACAAUAAAUACAAGGCUGUAACCAGUGAUCACCAGAGACACUCAGAUCACACCUACAGCUGUACAGCCAGUCUGAUAUUCACCCCGACACUGCCAGAGGACCAGAGGUCAGAGUUCAUGUGCAGAGUGCAUCAUCCCAGUAUGGAGAAGCCAACAGAGAGAAGAAUAGGACCCCUAGAAAUCAUACUGACUCCGCAGGUGAUAGAGCCUGUGAGAUUCUCCCUCAGUGAUUCAGGAGAGGUGAAGUGUUCCCUGACUCUGAAGAGAUUCUACCCUCAGGAUAUUUCCAUCACAUGGAGCAUGGGAGAACCAGAAAACAAGCUGAUGUCUGAUCGCAAACCAGCCAAUUCUGAGGAUGGUGAAACAUUUGAUGUUACAAGUGUGUGCACACUGCCCCGGGAUCUCCGCUUUCCUGUGUAUGUGAUGUGGAAUCAUCAGUCAGUGAGACAACCUCAGAGGACCGUACUGAGGACAUCAGAUCUUCCUUGGCACCCCCAGAUUGAAGAUCUAAAUUCAUCUGACCUAAUGCUCAACACUGAAUCCAAAAUACAAGUAAUUAUUUCUGGAUAUUUCCCUGAUGAUCUGACUGUGACUUGGUUUAAAAACAUGGGGAUGGACAACUUUGUUGCUGUGGAUAACAAAAGAUACAAGAAUAAAAUCAGUGAUCACCAGAGACAGUCAGAUAACACCUACAGCUGUACAGCCAGUCUGAUGUUCACCCCGACACUGACAGAGGACCAGAGGUCAGAGUUCAUGUGCAGAGUGCAGCAUCCCAGUAUGGAGGAGCCCAUAGAGAGAAGUAUAGGACCCCUACAAAUCAUAGUGACUCCGCAGGUGAUAGAGCCUGUGAGAUUCUCCCUCAGUGAUUCAGGAGAGGUGAAGUGUUCCCUGACUCUGAAGAGAUUCUACCCUCAGGAUAUUUCCAUCACAUGGAGCAUGGGAGAAGCAGAAACCGAGCUGACGUCUGAAGGCAAACCAGCCAAUUCUGAGGAUGAU